UUUCGUCCUCAGUCAGCAGAAAUGAAGAUGAGCGUGUAGAAGUCAGUCGUGAUAGAUAGGCUGCGCGACCAGGACCACGACCACGAGUUGCUUGCAUUGCAUUUGUCGGCCUACUGUAUUGUCUGCUCUGUCCGUAAGAUGAAAAAUCAACCUUCGAACAAGUAGACAUGUCCUCCGCAUCCUCCUCCUCCAAAUCCCGUCCCCCCGUGGUCCGCGACGCCCAUUCCGGCCAGGAAUUCGACCGCAACUCCGUCUCCACCGCGGAUGGCAGCCUGCUCGAGUGUGUUGGCGCGGGUUGCCGCUUCAAGAAGAUCGGUUUCAUCGAGCUCAAGAUCUACGCUUUCGCCUGCUACGUCCGGAAGAGCGACCUGGACUACAAUAAGGGACCACUGGCGGUUGCCGCAGCGACAUCAUCUUCAGGCGCGACGGGCUCCACCUCAACUUGGGGUGCCCGCUUCUGCGAUGCGAUCGGAAAACCAGCUCCGAAUGGGAUGUCCGUGCAGUGCGAGUUGCUGUUUCUCAAACCCAUCACCUCCGGGAUGAUGUCGAGCAGUUUGAAGGACGAUUUAGGCCCGUUAGUCGGCGACGAGGAGGAAAUCAAGAAGGUGGAGAGCUUAGCUCCGACCGACGGGAUUUCAACAGGUACUAGGAAUGCAACUUCUGCCAAGUAGAGCUUGUCUUCUCGUACCUUCGAGAAUGCGAGCACCUCUAGCACUUUUUGUUGCAUGUGUAGUUCAUGCAAUUAUCGCACUCAGAGUGUAGAUGUAGAAGUCGGCCGCGAAUAAAACGACUACGACAUCACCAGGUACCCGGCUCACCUUGCGGUUGAAGAACGGCGACACGAUUGAACCUUCAAAGGACAACAAGCCGAUGCCGUCUGUGACGUCGAGAAAGCUGGUCAAGGCGUUGUGCCAACUUUGGUUCAUCGAAAAGACGUCGGUCGUGCGAGGGUUCCCGGCGAUGCUGGAAGCGGAGAUGGGAAAGAUAGCAAAGGGCUUUGCUACUGCGAGUGUCGGUGGCGGUACAACAGCAGGAACAGCUUCUGCAGUUAGCACAACCAGCAGCACCAGCAGGAAAAACAGCUCCACCGUGAGUGUACUAGUACCAACAGCACCGGCCAGCGGCACGAGUGCAAAAAUUCUACCAUCUUCAGCAUCAAAACCGAAUAGUAGUACUAGCAGCGCCUCAUCAUCGUCUCUCCCCUCCACAGCGGUUCCUUCUCCAACGGAGUCGACGUCUUCAUCAUCCUCAUCAACUAGUCAUAGGAGUGCUGCGGGUGCCUCGAAAACGAACCACAAAAACCCCUCGCCCAGAACUUCAACCUCCUCCUCCAAUCGUCGAAGACAAAGCACCACCAUCCGCCGCGAAAGUGAUUUCAUCAACAAGAACAAUGCGAACAAAAAUGGCGCAGGCGCCUCGACGUCCACCUUGACUACGCCUACUUCCCAGUGGAUCAAUUUGAAAACACUCCAGUGGGACCACAUCAAAGACCUGUCGCAGGUGAAAAUCUCCGGCGAGCUGUUCAAGUGGCACUUGGACGGUUCUGCGCUCCGGGGAAAGUUGAUGCGGGCCUGGAGCCCCCGGUUUUUCAGCCUGGAAAGGGGGUUGCUGACCUACAGGAAACGCGGGAAGAUGACGGAGCCGUUGUCCUUGUUGAAAAUCUCCGUCGUGAUUGAGGCAAACGAGACGGAGGAGGAGAAUAAUGGCGCGAAAACAUUAACCGAUUCAAUUUCCGUUCGGGGUGGCGGCGGAGAAGUGGAGCAGAAACGGAGGAAGAGCACAAAUUCGCUGAGGGGCGACGGGGAAGUGGAGGCUGGUGGUGCGACGUUAGGGGAGAACUGGUAGGUUAAGUUUGAAUUUGUCUUUAGUGAUGAUACUCUGCUGCACCUGCUGUACGCGCAUGAGAAACUUUGGCGCUGUGAUGCAGACUACGCAUGGCAAACAGAGACUUCCAAUCACCAGGUUCUCCUUCUGGUUGAUCGAUCGCGAAUAUGAACUGCAAAAGUAUCGUACUCGUAUAAAUGCACGACAAAUUAUUUCCUCAGCAUGAGAGAUAAAAUUUGUAUUGCGGAUUUACAUAGAAAAAAGAAUUAAUGCAUGAUUGCAAUUAUACGAGUACGAUACUUUUGCACAGGAUAGCGAAACCGACGAGCCCAUGUUCCGUCUAGCUUCCAAGGACCACCAAAACGCUACCCAGUGGAUCAUAUGCAUUGGAAAAUCAUCGUACUAGUAUAAGCAGCAUCGCAAAUUUCGGCAAAAAAGAAAGUGGAAUUUGUACUGCUGUUUUAGGUUCGGAAAGGGAUUUGUCUUGCAUGGCCGCAAUUUGUACGAGUGCGAAGAUUCUUUUGCAUCAUGCAUAGCUCACGCAGAUUGUAGCGUCGAUCUUCUUUCUCCGCCGGGACGCGCAGCGCGCGAGCCAACUCCGGCUGAGCCACUUCGCCAGGCUGGAGCAGAGGAGGAAUUUUUACAACCUGCAGGGGGCCGCGAGGGAACAACAUUCUGGACUUCUUGUUGAACAGCAGCAACAAGUUCAGAAUGCAACAUCAAGACAAGCGCAAAUAAGCUCUGCGCGAGGGGGAGGUGGGCAACAUCAUCUUCAAGAGGACACUUCGGAGUACGAAAAUGACCCGCGGCACAUGAUCAAGUACAUGGAAGAAAGGGCGAGACAAGCGUCGGCUUCGAGACAGAACGAGCAGACUCUACAAAACAACCAUAAUCAAGCGCAGCAGGAGGCUCACUCCAUGCAAUCCAGCCCGGCUACACCGAGUCAAAGCUCCUCUCCACUAGACACUGAGGAUGGGAAAGUGGUCGCAGCUCCCCCCUCCUCCAGUCGCUGCAGGAAGCGGGGAACUGAAGUUAUCAUGCCGGCACAAGAACAUCAAGUAGGCAGCUCCGCACAGCGGCGCCCCCGGAUUUCGAGUAGCAACAGUAGCACGCUGAGCUCCAGUAUGGCAGUACAUCACUCCCCAAUCCACCUCAUUUUUCAUGCAAAAUCCCAAAUCCUAAUCCAGUCACUACCCUGUGGCACUGUUUGCAUGACAAAUUUCAAAAGCCCACGCAUUACUACAGUAGGUACAUCUACAUGAAUUUGUCAUGCACAAGCUCUUGGGUCGCUCACGUUUGUAUUGCUGUUCAUGCAAUCCUAAUGAGGGGGAGGGGGGUUUUGCGCUGUCAUAUCCAGUUCGAAGAAUUUUGGGAGCCGUGGGCGGAUCAGUUCCUCGGAAGAUGACGAGGAAGUAGAAAAUCCAAAUCUUUAUGGAGGAGGAAUGAAACACGGACUGUACCUGCACCCACGAGGAGAUCGUAGUAAUCGUGCUGGUGGUGGUGCGAGAAGCAGCGUGAACCAAUCCAACUACAAGGCAUCCACUACUUCGACAAGAGCUGCUGGUGCAACUACUGCAACAAAUUUCUGGUUCGUAAUUUCGAUGGUGUUGUUGACUGUGAUCGUUUUGCAGUCUGGAUUUGGGUAUCAAAUGCAAAAAUGUCUGGGUGGUCUGGAAGAAUCCAAGUUUGUCAUGCUUGUCUGGCAUGACUCGAGAAUCUGUAUUGCAUAGGCACGAAAAGGCCCUCUUACCUGUCAUGCAAAAACGUAGUUUGCCAUGCGGAAUACGUAAGACAUGGCAGCCACGAAAUUUGCCAUGCAUACAUAGGUGCGUACUGCAGUGCGCCUAUUAUUCACUUUUAGCAUUACAAUUUUCCAGCCCCAGACAUAUUUGCAUUUGAUAUCGGGGUCGAUGUGGUGGAGUACGGAAAGCGGAACUUAUUUCAGUACUUCUUCGCGGAGAAGUACAACUUUUCCUAUAACGGGGACGGGCCAGCAUCAGGACCAGGAGCUGCAACACCACCUGAGAAUGGAGCAGGAUCGUCAGUGCCUGUUGCAGCUGGUGUUCCCAUCGUGGGAGAAAGAACCACGAACAGUGUAAGAAAUGUAACAAAGUAAUAAACCAUAUUAGCCAACAGUGAAUCUGAGUCUCAAUCUCAAUUUUCCGCCGACAUUCGUGCUGCUGCACGAAAGAGCGAGGUGCUUCGCUUCACAUGGAAGAUUCUCACCACCAGAGAAAAACUGUGACUUUGAAUAAUGUGGACCGAGUUUCUUCAUGGUUCAAUCAGCAUUGAGAAAUAAGACUCGAAGUCUUAUUCUUCCUUGAAGUCCGUUUGGACUUGGUUUCUUGCCAGCGCCAGGAGCGUAUUAAAUUUUGCGUCUGACCCCUUCUUUGGAGCAGAUCGGACAUCGUUACUAAAUUGAAGAGUCGACUUCGAUUCGGCUGGUCUUUUUC